AUGACCUGGAAUAGGCAUGAGAACAAUAAUGUUAGGAUCCAGCAUAGAGAUCUUGUCAAACAAGCAACAUUCUCCUUGACCCAGUGCAGUGGAGGCGUCACGGGGUUUACGGAGGCACCCGGGCGGCCUGAAGCCACCCAUGCCUUUCCUCCGCAGUCCCGGGAAUCUGGGCCCCGGAACCCGGGCCGGCCACCUGCGCAGGGUAGGGGCUGCCUUCCCGCCCUCCCCCGCAGCGCGGGGCCCGAGGGGAGGCAGGGGAGAGGAGAGAAGGAAAGGGGAGGAGGAGGAAGCCCGUACGGGCAGUACCCACCUCGCCUGGAGAGCCGGCCUGGAUCGCCCGCGGCGCCCGGAGCAGUGCUGAGGGGAGGGUCCUGGAGGAGGGGCGGCCCGAGCCCCAAUAUGGAAAUGCCAACUCCUCUCGGCGGCCAGGCCCCAGCCUGGAAGGAAACGGAAGUCCCUUCGUCUCCCUCACUCGCACCCACCAGCCCGCCCACUCCCCGGAGGAACCCCGAGUUGGGGAAUCCGAAGUGCGUCCACGCCAAGGCCUCGAAGAGACAAGGCACGCUGGGCGGCCCGUCUGUCUCCGGCCCCCGCCGCGCCGCUGGGCCCCUCACGGCCUCCUGGCCUCCGCCCGGCCGCUAG